AUGUCUGUCCGCGCCACGGUCAAGAGUGCCAUGUUCACUGGGAUCCUCGCCGGAUGUGCAGUUGUCUUGGUUGUGGUGGUUCUUCGCAUCAUAUGGAGAAGGUUCGUAACCAGAAAGCGUCGCCUGCCUCCUGGUCCUCCGGGUUAUCCGGUGAUCGGCAAUCUCUUGGACUUGCCAAAAGAGGAGGAUUGGUUGAGAUUUAGCGAAUGGCAGAAAGUGUACGGAGAUAUCGUCUAUGUCACGGCUUUGGGGAAGAAGUUCCUCAUAAUUAGCUCUGUCAAGAUCGCGUCCGAUCUGCUAGAGAGGCGCUCGACAUAUUAUUCCGGUCGGAUGAAAUUGACAUUCGGUGGUGAACUGUGUGGCCAUGAUCGUUCUUUGGCACUCCUGGAGGGAACUAAGCACCGGGAGGCUCGCAAAGUCGGGGCAUCGUUCGUUGAAUUCCACAGCAGUCAAGGUCCUGACGAAUUCGUGAAGCACUUCCAUCUCAAUUCUGGCUCCACGAUCAUGCGUAUCGCAUAUGGUUAUGAGCUUGACGGGGACAACGAUCUGCAUCUCCGUCAUGCGAAUAUGGUGAUUAGAGAUUUCUCUAGAGCUUGUGCACCAGGACGAUGGCUCGUUGACCUUAUACCAAUCCUCAAGCACGUACCCGAAUGGUUCCAAGGGGGUAACUUCAAGAAGAUUGCUCGGAAAUGGAGGAGUGAGCUUGAUGAGUGUUACAGCGUCCCUUUCACCUUCGCCUCCGGUGACAACCUUCCAUCGAUGAUAUCGCAAUUACUUGAAAGCAACAAGCAGCACGGGGACGAAACGCAGAUUGCGAAUGCGGUUGGGUCUCUGUUCAUCGCGGGGUCAGAUACCACACCAGUGGCUCUAUCCAACUUCAUCAUGGCAAUGAUACUUUAUCCUGAAGUGCAGAAGAAGGCACAGAGUGAAUUAGAUCGUGUUGUUGGCCUUGAACGCCGGCCGACAUUGGCCGAUCGAGUGAAUCUGCCCUACGUGGUUGCCGUCGUGAAGGAGGUCUUGCGUUGGGCCCCAGUAGUUCCUACCAGUGUGCCUCACAGACUGAAUAGGGAAGACGGAUAUGCCAACUUCUGCAUUCCCAAGGAUACCCUUGUUGUGACCAACAUAUGGUAG